AUGGAGAAAUCGUCUGUUCAGAGGGACCUGGAGGACUGGGAGUUCCUCAGCGAUGAUGGGUUCCUCGAUCUGGGGCAGCAGGAGACCGGGAAGAGCGUGGUGAUCUCCAAGGGUUCUGGGUUCAGCAGCAGAGGGGGCCUCGUCGAUGUCAACUACUUCGUGUGCCCUCCGCAUCAUCCUCCUCACCUCCUCAUUGGGGCGACGGAGGAUCUGAUCCUUGCAACCAAGAACAAAUAUCAGAGCAGGAGGGACCCGGAUGAGGGCUCCGUAAAGGAGAUUAGGGAGAUCGAGGUGGCGGCGCCGCCGGCGGCCCUCGCCAACCAGGAGGUUAUCUCCCAGGUGUUCUUCCGGAAGCUCGGAGAGAACGAAUUCGUCGACAUGAAACUGGACUCCCCCCCGAAAUCCCCCACUUCGAGGGGUGUCAAGCCUCCUCUAAUGGAGCUUCCGGGGGGAGGCAGAUUCGAGGGAAAGGGGGAGGAGACUGGCAAAGGGGAGACUCACAAGAUCCUAUCAGAAGAGAAUGAGGAGGAGGAAGAGGGAAAAGAGAGGAACUCACUUGUGAGGUCGGGGAACAACGGCAAGGGCUCCUGGGAAAACUUCGGUUUCGGCAUCUGGAAGUGGAAGAUCACCGGCGCCGGCGCGCUCUGCUCCAUCGGCGUGGCAGCGGCCACCAUCUUCAUCUUCAUACUGAGCGGGCCGCAGCGCCAGAGGCAGCAGCAACAACAGAGCCAGAAGAUCCAGUUCCAGGUUUACCCAGAUGAGAAGGUUACCAUCCAAACCUCAAACCUCCUGGAAGAAAGAAAUCCAAACGUCUUAAUUUCUCUCCAGUUUGACGGAAUUUUCUGCAGAUCUCUGGUUGAGGCGCUACGCAUGGCUGGCUGAUUUCUUCUUCAUAAUAAACUCUCUCUCUCUCUCUCUCACACACACACACCAUGGACUGGAGACGAUGAUCAGAGAAUUGAUGCCUCACGAAGCUCCUCUCACCUUGUUCUUCGUGACCUUGGCUGCAGAGCAUCAAGCAGGUGGUGCAGCAAGCUACAAGGCUGAACCAGGCGAUCUCGGUGGUGAGGGGAGUUCCAGUGACAAGAGCACACAUAUCCUUUGGUGGGUACUACGAUGGCCUGUAG